GUCACUUAUUACAAUCUUACGCCGCGUAAUCUGAAAUUUCUUCAACACUAAACAAUGGCGGGAGGUAACAAUGGAACAAGGCGCCAAAGGCCGAACAUACUGAUCACAGGAACUCCCGGUACCGGUAAAUCAACGACUGCUUCUGCUCUAGCCGAAGCCACGAACUUCAAGCAUAUCUGCGUCGGUGACCUCGUCAAAGAGAAAAACUUGCACGACGGCUGGGACGAUCAGUUUGAGUCUUACAUCAUCAACGAAGACCUCGUGUGUGAUGAGCUGGAAGAUAUAAUGGUAGGAGGAGGGAACAUUGUGGACUACCAUGGCUGUGACUUUUUUCCUGAGCGUUGGUUUGAUGCUGUUGUGGUGCUUCAGACUGAGAACUCUGUCUUGUAUGACCGUUUAACCAGGAGGGGUUACUCUGGAACCAAGCUUAGUAACAACAUUGAGUGCGAGAUUUUCCAAGUCAUGCUUGAAGAAGCAAAUGAUAGUUACAAAGAGGAGAUUGUCGUUGCGCUACAGAGUAACACCCUCCAAGAUAUCGAUAACAAUGUCGCAAGGUUGAAGGAACGGAUUGAAUCGUGGAGGCCCUGAGAGUAAUCAAUUAUCAUAUAACAAUAUGCAUAUUUUAUAGCUAUAAAGUUUUUUUUUUUUUUUUAAUGGAUUCUUCAUUGAUCUUUGUUUACAAUUUAUAAGCACAAUUCAGCUUGUUGCAAGACCAGCUUAUGUAUGUGUUCCUUUUGAUAAUUCAUAACAUAAAGUUUUUCGUC